AUGCGCCGUAGUUGUAAGGAUCGAACAUUUCUUUUUCUUAGUGCUUUAUUAAUAUUCUAUAUUGGUUGGUAUGCACUCAAUAGUUCUUUACGAACUUUUCGUGAUCCAGCUGAAGAAAUAGCUUAUCUACAUGCAAUUAGUGGAUCAUCACCAAUCUUACAUAAUAUUCAAUUAUGUGCUUACAAUGACAUUGAUGUUCUUAAUCUAAUUAUUUCAUCAGGUUCACAUUUUCUUGAAAGACAAUCAAUUCGUGAAACAUGGGGAUCAAUGUCUAAUAUGUUUAAUGUUCAUUCUCAACGUCUUUUCGUUGUUGGUUAUCAACGCGGUAAUAAUCUUUUUAAAGAUUUAUCAAAUGAAGCACAAAAUGAACAAGAUUUACUUUAUUUAACUACUGAUGAUAAUUCAAUGACACUUAAAGAACUAUAUGCAUAUCGUUGGCUAGAAAGAUAUUGUCCAAAUGCAACAUUUACAUUUAAAACAGAAGAUGAUCUUUUUAUCAAUCCAUUUCUUUUACAUGAACUUGUUCGAGAACUUAAAACUCAGCCAGAUCAAUUUCAAAAUCGACAUUUAUAUAAUAGUUCAUUAGAUUCACUUUUUCUUGCUCAUCUUAAUCCCGAUGCAUAUACAUUUCUAUUUGGUUGGGCAUUUCAACCAGGUAAACCAGAACGAAAUACUAGCAUGGGACCGUAUUAUGUUAGUUAUAAAGAAUAUUCAAAAGAUUUAUAUCCACGUUAUUGUUCUAGUUUCGGUUAUUUAAUGGAUUCCAAAACACGUAAUUUAAUUGUUCAAGAAGGUUUCACAGACAAUAAUCCAUUUCGUUUUUCGGAUAUUUUUAUAACUGGCAUAUUACCUGAACGACUUCAUUUUAUUUGUGAUGUUCUUCCAUUUACUUAUCAUCAAGGUACGACAGAAGAAUGUAUAAGUAUAAUAAAAAGAUAUAAUAGAAAAGAUAUACAAUCACCAAUACCUCCACUCAUUGUUUGCUCUACGGGUCGUCAUAUAGCACAAAAUACAUUUUCAGAUUAUUAUCGAAUAUGGACAGCUCUAAAAUAUGUUUAUGGUGAUCGAGUACAUAGUUCACAAAGUAAAAUGCCAAAAGACUAA